AUGCCCCUCCCCACAGGCGUGUACCGCGCCGACCAAGUCGGGUCGCUCCUCCGCCCGCAAGAAAUCCUGGCACUCCGCGAAAAGAUUGCCAAAGGGGAAGCCUCGAUCUCGGACCUCCGGCCGCUCGAGGACAAAUACAUCGCCGACGUGGUGCGCAAGCAGCUGGACGCCGGGCUGAGGGCCAUCACGGACGGCGAGUUCCGCCGGGGCUUUUUCCACCUGGACUUUCUACAGCACCUGGACGGGAUCGAAGUCCGCGGCCAGCUCAUGAGCACAAACACCUCCAAGGGCGGCUUCCAACCGCCAACGCUCGUGGUGACGGGCAAACUGGGCCAUCCCAAGGCCAUCCAGGUCGACGACUUUAGGUUCCUCGAACGCCAGAUCCAGGAAGCCGGCGGCGCGGGCAAGGCCACGACCAAAGUCGCGAUCCCGAGUCCCACGAUGGUGCAUUUCCGUGGAGGGCGCCAGACGAUCGACCUCGACGCGUAUCCCUCCAUGGACGACUUCUUUGACGACCUCGCGCGCGUGUACCAGGAGGAGGUUGCAGACUUGUACGCCGCGGGCUGUCGGUUCCUGCAGCUCGACGAUACCAAUCUCGCGUACCUGUGCGAUCCGAAGAUGCGGACCGAGGCCGAGGCCCGGCAUGGGAGCGACGCGCGUCAGAUCGCAAGCCAGUAUGCCAGUUUGAUCAAUCGCGCGAUUGAGAAACGGCCGGCCGAUAUGACGGUGGGGAUUCACCUGUGUAGAGGCAAUCAUCGGAGCCAGUGGUUCGCUCAGGGCGGCUACGAACCCGUCGCCGAGGUGCUUUUCCGCGAUCUCAACGUCGACGUCUACUUUCUCGAAUACGACGACGCGCGGUCCGGCGACUUUUCCCCACUCCGGCACUUGCCGGAGGACAAGGUCGUGGUCCUGGGCGUGCUGACGAGCAAAAAGGGCGACCUGGACGACAAGGACGCCAUCACCCAGCGGCUCAACGAGGCCGCGAAGUACUGCAAGAAGGGGCUGGAUCAGCUGUGCGUGAGUCAUCAGUGUGGGUUCAGCAGUACGAUGGAGGGCAACGAGUUGAGCGAGGAGCAGCAGUGGGCGAAGCUCCGGUUGGAGGUCGAGAUUGCGAAGAAGGUCUGGGGGGAUGAUUUGUCGAAAUAG